UGCUUUCCGUGUUUUACUGGAAAAUGAUGACGACAGACUAGGAGUCAUCACUUACCACGGGUUAAGUAGACUAGCAGAUGCAUUCAACACACUUCAUAUGAUGUACCAUGAAGCCACAGCAUGCCAUGUGACAGGGGAUCUGGUGGAGCUGUUGUCAAUCACCCUGCUAACAUUGCAGUGUGCUAGCAAAUACAAGGAAAGAAAAGAUGUGAAGCAAUCCUUACUACAGUGGCAAGAACGUAUGGAAUUUGCACAGAAAUUGCUAACACUGCUUAACUGUUACACACCAGACAAUGUCAGAAAGGAAAGCCUAGCCCUGUUGAAUGAGUUGGUAGUCUUGUACCCAAGAGAGUGUGUGCAGAGACUGGUGCCCAUCAUCCUCCAUGUACAUCUCCAGUUUCAAAAGAAUAACAUCCCAUUGGCCACAGGUCCAUAUUUUCCCAGGCGCAUGCCCAAGCCAGCCCCCAACAAGACUAGUAUGCGACCUCCUAGGCCAGAACUACAGAUGUUUCUUCAUCCAAGUCAGCUAGAAACAUCACAUGGUUCUGAUCCAGUCUAUGAUGCUGCCCUCCGUGAUUACUUUCUCCCAUAUCAUCAGUUGGUUGAGACCCUCUGUCACACAGCACUGAGUAUCAACCUGUUCACUGAGGAUACCAUCAACCUAAGUGUAUUAGUAGCAUUGGAAGGUGUUCCAUUGCAACUGGACUGGUUUGCCAAGCUCUGGAAAAUCAUCUACCACUCAGAGGGUAGUGACAAGACUGGUGUUCAGCUCCUGUGCAAUCAUCAUACAUUCCAUGACUAUGUAGAGGGAAUCUUAUUGGAUGAACGUACCUCAUUUAACAACCCAACUAUCAACUCUUUCUUCUGUAUAUUUUUCCCAAAGGUGUACAAGCAUAUUUUAUGCAAUAACUGGGAGUCAGUAGUGGAAUCCUUCAUAUGUGGCAUCCUUGGAGAUACAGAUGAUCUGGACCAUCUCAAACCAGAGGAACUUGAGCGCACUGCUUAUAAAGCUAACGGGGAUGUGCGUACUCUCCUUCUGAUGUUUUCUGUGGUGCCACCCAGGGCCAUAAACCCACAUUUCCUACCGGCUCUCCAAUGUAUCCUGACUACAUGUAGGAAGGACAGAGAACUCAGAAUGACUGAAGCCAGUGGAGGUCAGUCAUUGGAUGUUGCUGACAAAGAUACUGAAAAGAGGAGCAAUAUUGAUGGAUGUCAUCAGCAAGAUUCUGAAGCUGUCCCCAAAAAGAAGAGAAAAAUAAGCCAAGAUGUCAGAGAAAACACGGAGAGCUCUUCAUCACCACCUCCACCACCGCCACCUCCUGCUCCUGUCUCAAAGAAAGACCAUGGGAAUGUAGAACCCAAAGCACCAUCACCAGACAUAUGUGGAAACAAACAAGAAAUCAGAACAGAAGCUGAUUAUCAUCCAUCUAUGCCUGAAGACACGGCAAGUGAUACAACAGCAGAGAACACAUUGCAGUCAUCUGAUAAUGAAGAUAAAUGUGGUGAGGACUUAACAGGGCCUUCUGGUGCAAAUACUGAGACGUCACACUCCUUGAUGCUUCUUGAAGUUAAAGCCCCAAGCUGUGAAGUCUUCAGUGAUGACACCUGCAGCAGUACUGUAAGGAAUCUUUCAGAGUUCAUAGGACCAGUCAGAAGGUCAUCAUCAUUGUCGUCAUCUCCAAAACAACAACAUUUUGUAGAUGUGUUGGCAAGGAGUAUUGAACAGUUGAUUAAAUGCUUAGAACAGACAAUAUGAGCCAUUUUUACAGCUUCACAGGUUCAUUAUUCUGGUGUAAACCGGUGGUAUUAAAGAUCACUUCUCACACCUGUUUGAUUUUUUUUAAAAUAGUGACGACCAAUUUUAUACCUGUUAAAGGAAAUUCAGAUAAAUUUUCCAGUUUGGUAUUUUGUCCUGGGGUGGAGUUGUUCCUUGGAAGAGGUCUGUCUGCAUGAUAGCCAGCUAAGUAGGAUGCUUGUCUACCAGCCAAGUAGGAUUCUUCAUAUGUCUUCUCAUACUUCUGACUUGUCCUGUACAUUAUUUUGCUGUAAUUCUAUCCAAGUGGACACUGCAGUGUUGAAUUGCUAUUAUGAAUACCAAAAAUAGCCACCAUCCGCAGUAAACAUGUAAAAUUUAUUCUUGUUGAACAAGAAUUACUGCUUGCUCUGCGGCACUGUACACAUCCAAUUUAUAUAGAUUGGUCAAUGAGGCUGAACACAUGGAGUGGUCUGCCUGGACAUCUGUGCUCAGCCUACAUCAACAGUUCUGACAUGGUGGGCUUGUUCAAUUGUCAACCAGUUAUAUUGUGUUUAUAGCAUUUCAAGAUGGUGCUGACUUUUUUAGAGCUGACAAAAAUGUCAGUUCAAAAAGAUUUUAAACAAAAUAAACACGCACACCCACACACAGUCAGCAGACCAAGUAUCAGAAAAAAUAAUGUUCAAUAUCAUCAAUCAAAAAUGAUUGACGGUAGGGGCGUGGCAUUUUAAAAUUUUGAUUUCUAGUUGUCUAGUUUUUGAUUGUUUUUAGUUUUGCUUAUAUCAUGUGGUAUUAUCUCUGCAGGCUUUCUCUUAAAACAACGGACUGGAAAAUUAAGGUUGAGGAAUAUAUCCGUCACAUUAACUUGCCCUAAAGGGCAGUUUAAUUCACAUCAAUGCCAGAAACUCUCUGAAAAACAGGCUUUGGACCCGAGUUUCUCCUUUUAAUUUGGUUGGACGUGUCUUUUUUCAGUAUCAUUCCUCAACACUGGUUUGAGGUUGUUUCAUCACCUACCUAAGGUCUAAGUUGAUACUCUGAAACACUUUAUCUUUAUACCUCAUUUUUCCUGUUCAAUUCCAUCCCAACCCUACUUAGCCCAGCAUUACCUCAUCCUAAAUGGCUGCAUCAGUGUUCCUGUAGUCAUGGAGAAUCAUGAAUAAAAAGUCCUGGAAAGUCAUUGAAAGGUCAUGGGAAAAUUGGGAAAAAAUUUGGUGUCCCGUGUCCUGUCUGAGGAAACUGAGUCCAUGAAAAGUCACCCAAGGGUUAUUUUUGAUGGCCACCUUUUGAUGUGAUAAUGGAUUAUUUUAAAUGUACACACUGUCCAUGUAUUGUAGUGGCAAUGACCGUGUUAAUCUGAACAGCUAAAACAUAAUGUUAUUCCAACUUUCAGAGCCUGACCUAACACUUAGACAAGUUCAAUACCUGGUACGCAUCCCCUCCCACUGGGAGGCUUUUAGAUACUUGAGCUAAUGCGAACAUGCUCAAAAAGACCCAAACAAUGCUUUUUCUAAUAACAAUUAUUUUUUUAUGUGCCUUUCCCAAUACAAAUCCAUUUUCAGUCAAUUAGAUGAUACAUUGCCUAUUGAUACAUUAUCCAUCAACAGGUGAUAGGUUAUUUGGUUGGUAAUACAUUAUCGGUUAGAAAUUCUAUUACACUAUCACGCAAGUUGUGAUCCAUUAUCAGUUCUACUAUAGUGUUGGUCAUUUACAUACAUUAUCUGUUGGUUACUACAUUAUUAGUAGUAAUAGGCAGUUUUCCCAGUGCACACAAUACCACACUAUUUUUUUUCUACAAAAAGGCAUUAAAUAUGGAAACUGGAAAGUCGUGAAAAAGUCAUAGUGGAAUUUGGUUUUCAUAUUUCUGUGGGAGCUCACUUCAUUCUAUUUUUUUUGGGGGGGGAAUCAUUCCCGUUUAGUAGUUAUAGGAGACAAGUUGCUCUGCACUCUGUAAUACAUGAGUUAACAAUCGGUUUGUUAUUUGACUUGUCACAGUGGCAGUGAUGGAAAACUUGAAGCAGUUUAACUCAUCCACAUUCUGUAUUCAUUAUGCUCCCCAAGCCAUAAAUUUAUACGUACAUUUUAUGUCCCUAAAAGAAAAACUCAGCAGUAGUACAUUUACUUGUGAGGAAACAGCAAUUUGGCUUCUCAUGUGCAUGUGUACAUGCUUACAUGCACGUAAGCUAUCGGUAAUCAAACAUAAUGGGUAAAUUUGCCAUAUUGACUUCAAACAUGCUAUGCAGGCUGGUUAUCCUCCGGAAGCGUAAUGAUAGAAAGAACCGUGCUUAACCGAUGGGAGCAGUUUUCCUACCAUAUUUGAGGAAGACGUCUCAAGAAUGAUUGAUUUAGGUUUGUCUUGAAGUUUGAAAACAGAAAAUCUUGAAAAUCCCCAGGAACUCAUCCCGCACAUGCAAAUUCCACCUGGGAGGAAGUAGUUAAAACCAAUUUUGUGAAAAUCAGACUUGCCCUUCUCAUGCAAUGUGGAUUUUGACCACAUGAAACCCUGUCAUACUGAAUUUGAAACUUCAUAUCUUUACUGAUAAUGAGUGUCUUCACUUGCAUGGUUAGUUUCAAAAUGAGCAGACACAUGACAGCCAAGUUCUUGGGUAGGGUUUAUGGAAUCUUUAACCCCACCACUGAAAAUGGUCCAAAAUAACCUGGCUCUUUGGGGAUAACUUUGGGAGAGAUGCAUAUAAUUUUCCUAAAUAUCUUAUCCUCUCACAUUUGUCAUAUUGAGGAUGACCUUAAGUUCAAUACAUUUUAUUUCGACCAAUAACUUUAUUACCCUCACGUUCAUAUUUAGUGGUACAGUUUUUGUUUAAAAAGGAAUAAUCUUUUAACUUCUCUCUGUAACAUUUAUAAAUCUCUUUACUGUACAAAACACUGCUGAUUGAAGUAAUAACUUUUAAUUACAAAUUGCCUUAUGUUGACAGUCCUCUCCUCAGACAAGCAUGAGUGAAAUUUACAGUUAGAUGUGUUCCAUUUCCAUUUUCUCAUUCUUUAUAAUGGAUGAGCUAUUUAAGUAAAUAUGGUGCCAAUUUCCAUUUUUGUCUGUUCGGUUUUCUUGAUAUGUGGUUUUCAAAUUGAGGCACAGCUAGUCAAACUUCUUUAUUACAGAACUAUGUACGCAAUCAUUUAUUUGUAAAUUGUAAAGUUUGCCUGCUGAUGAACAAGGUACCAAUUGCAGAGGCUAUUGGUCUCUCUCAAAUGACAUUCUUCCCUACAGAUUGCCACAUGCAUCAGCAUUUUUUACUUCAGUUUUCAUGACGUGCAUUGGCUCUGCGCACACGCACCUGUUGCAUUGCAUACGCAGUUGCAAUUUUCCUACAAAGGUGGCCUCCAAUGAGAGAGAUCUAUAGUGUACAGUUAUCUUGAUUAAUUUGUGUGGGGUGGGAAACAGAAAAACAAAAACAAACAAUUUUGAUAUCCCCUUGAUGUGAAUCUUGUCCCCAGGCCAUCAGUUGCCACAAAAAAGAUGUGUAAUAUGGAAAAGUUGUAUCUUGGAACUUAGAUUUGGCCUAUAUGAGUAUCCAGAAACAAGUGGAUGCAACACUGCUUAAUAAGUGGAUGCAAACUUGCAUUCUUUAUAUUCAUUACUGUGUCUUAUGUUUCAAGAAGUAGUAACUUAACAGCAUUUAUAUUUUAAAAAUGUAUGUAUAUUAAUUGAGCUUAUGCCAGACUGAAAAACCUUUUAUUUAAAAAAGCCAAACAAACUGAAUAAAUUGCCUUGAUUUAAUUACAAAACAUA